CUGUGCAGUCUAAAAGCCUGAAUUGUGACUCCCAGCAGAAGCUCCUGCAUUUGCAUUUGAUGCAGACUUGAUGCAGACUUCUUGCAGAGUUAAGACCCAGCACCGCGGAUGACUCUGAACUUAUCAAAACUUUGCUGAUUGGAGGUUUAAGCCGCAAAGAAACACAAAGAAACUGUGUUCAUUUUCAUAUUUAAACAUAGUUCACGUUAAAGGCGUAGUUUGGGUGUGAGUUGUGUUAAGUUGGUUUAAAAUAGCUCCGGUUUAAAGGAUUGCAGACGGGACUAGGUUUCCUGGCGGAGUGGCACUAUAUUCAGAGGGCAAUAGACUACCGGUGAACAGUUCACUGCUGAGCUUGAGCAAGACAGAGUGAACUUAAACUGGAGGAUUUAACUCCGGGAUGCGUUAGUGUGGCGUUUCAUAAACAACAACAAUUUAUCUUUAGCUAAUCGAUAUCUCUUUCACAUCCACUGUUUGGACCGUUUAAAGAGCAAUUCCCGAGUUUUGUCCAAACCGCCACCUGGACUUCUCGACACUGGAAGGACUUAAACUGAACCCAAGAUGUCAAUUUUGCCUUUCACUCCCCCCAUUGUCAAAAGACUUUUGGGCUGGAAGAAGGGAGAGCAAAACGGCCAGGAAGAGAAAUGGUGUGAAAAAGCGGUGAAAAGUCUGGUGAAGAAGCUCAAGAAGACGGGGCAACUAGACGAACUGGAGAAAGCCAUCACCACCCAGAAUAUCAACACAAAAUGCAUCACCAUACCGAGGUCUCUGGAUGGCCGUCUGCAGGUCUCCCACAGGAAAGGUUUGCCCCACGUCAUCUACUGCCGUCUGUGGCGCUGGCCCGACCUGCAGUCCCACCAUGAGCUGCGGGCGGUGGAGCUGUGUGAGUACGCCUUCCACACGAAGAAGGACGAAGUGUGUGUCAACCCAUACCACUACCAGAGGGUAGAAACGCCAGUACUCCCACCAGUGCUCGUGCCCAGACACACAGAAAUCCCCAGUGAGUUCCCACCUCUGGAUGACUACAGCCAUUCAAUCCCAGAAAACACCAACUUCCCUGCGGGCAUUGAGCCUCAGAGCAACUACAUACCAGAAACGCCACCACCAGGCUACCUCAGUGAAGAUGGGGAAGCCAACGAUCACCAGAUGACCCACAGCAUGGACACAAGCUCCCCAAACCUGUCACCUAACCCUGUUUCACCUACACACAGCAACUUAGACCUUCAACCAGUGACAUACUGCGAGCCGGCCUUCUGGUGCUCUAUUUCUUACUAUGAGUUGAACCAGCGAGUAGGAGAGACCUUCCACGCCUCACAGCCCUCGCUGACAGUGGAUGGUUUCACGGACCCCUCCAACUCAGAGCGUUUCUGCCUGGGUCUGUUGUCCAACGUCAACCGCAACGCAGCUGUGGAGUUAACGCGCAGACAUAUUGGCCGUGGUGUGCGUCUGUAUUACAUUGGAGGAGAAGUUUUUGCAGAGUGUCUCAGCGACAGCGCGAUCUUUGUCCAGAGCCCCAACUGUAACCAACGCUACGGCUGGCACCCUGCUACAGUGUGCAAGAUCCCUCCAGGAUGUAACCUGAAGAUCUUCAACAACCAGGAGUUUGCUGCCCUGCUGGCCCAGUCAGUCAACCAGGGCUUUGAGGCUGUGUACCAACUCACCAGGAUGUGCACCAUCCGCAUGAGCUUCGUCAAGGGCUGGGGAGCGGAGUACAGGCGACAGACGGUGACCAGCACCCCCUGCUGGAUCGAGCUGCACCUGAACGGCCCCCUGCAGUGGCUCGACAAGGUGCUCACACAAAUGGGCUCCCCCAGCAUCCGAUGCUCCAGCGUCUCUUAGGAAAACCCUUCAUCCACCCACUUCCUGUCAGUGACUAAAAAAACACACAGACUGCAUACAGGCAAGAAUGGCAACACGAGAACAGAAAAAUGACGAGCCUCCCUCUCAUUCAGCCAAUCCUCAUUCUGUAACGUAGUCCUUCUCCCCACCAGCUGUCAGUAGCACUUUUAUAUACAUGUUGUUUGUGGCAAAUGGGGACAAGUGCAUUAAAGCAAUACCAUGUUAGUAUGAUCUCAACAUUUUGUCCAAAAGUGCCAGAAAGGCUGAAGCAAUGGCAGGAGUUUUUUUUUUUUUUUUUUUUUUUCAUUAUGAGAUUCUUAUUUCUUACUUCUUUUGUGUUAAAUUUCAUUUUCCAUGAUUUUUACAUGUAUUUUGUACAGAUGCUGAAGUGAACAGUGGAUUUAAAAAAUGAACUCAAUUUUUUUUAAAGCAUUAAUAACAAUUUUGUAAAGCAUGUAUAAGAUCAUGCACUUCACUUGACUUUGUUUCUAUAUGCGGGCAUUUGCUGGGUUAUGAAGACAUUUCUAAGUAUAAAUCCAGUGAGACAGAUUGAUGUCUCACUGGACUGAUAUUAUAUAAAAUGAAUAAUAUAAUGCAAAUGUUCAGCAACUCUUUCUAGACCCUGUGUGAAGGAAUAUUGUGUCUAGCCUAGUUACUCUGACAGGGCGAAUAACGUGUUUAACGACAGAUUUGAGUUUCAGACAAAUCUUUGUCAAGGAAGAAGUCCGUCAUUCUUAAGAUUAAGCAGACGGCAGGUACAUCUCUUAAUACCCGAAUAUGAGUACUUAAAGUCAGUGGCAUUCAUCAGAUGUCAUCAGGAGGAUGAUGCACUUUUGUAAAAUGUUAAUAUUCUAGUAAAAGCAAUGUUGGUAAUGUACAUUCAAUGGCAGUUGUAGUUCACAGCUGCAAUAGUUCUUGUCAAAAGGUUAUAUGAAAUAUAUCUUGCGUUCAUUUCAGGAAGCUUUGCCAAUUUGCAAAAUACUUUUGCAGCGUUGUAUUGUGGUAGGUAGUGUAUGAUAUGGCUUUUACAUUGAACUUGAAAACAUCUUGCAUACUGUACUUCUCUGCAAACCUUUUAGUUAAAUUAUAAAUUAAACACACAAGAUGUAGUUGGAAUACUUGCGUGUGGGAUAAAUUCUCUGCAGAAGGCUGUGUAAAGAGAGCAGGAAGAUGCCAUUGCUUUUUUUAAUUUUCUCUCUCAGCAGUCCAUAACGUUGGUGUUAUUUUUAGCCAUCAGUGAUUUUGACUUUUUGCACACUCAGGACUGUAAAAAAAAAUAAUUUAAUUAUAUACAGCAACCAGUGGAAAGGAAAGAUGCAUGACUUUCAAGAUUAGUCUAUUUUACUACCGAUUAUUUUUAUAGGACAGUAAGGUGACCGGGUGUUGUCUUCUCCAUAUGUGUUUGCAUGACAGGACAGAAAGUACUGCUAGCCGCUCCGGGGACACAAAUCUUGUAUUUUUCUACCUGUAAAGACGAGGCAAUUUUAGUACAAAGCACAGCUUUUUACAAAGGGAAAUGUUUAGACGGAUCAAGGCUUGUAAUUAAAGGUAGCUUCUCAAAAUGUGAUGUUAUUUUAGGUCCAUGUACAUGUACUACAUACAUGUUUAUAAUGUGACCGUUAACCUUUAUAAUGUUAAUGGUUUUGGAAACAUGAAAAAAGAAAAUGUUGAGAAAAGCUUUUGCUGAAAUGGAAAGGCGUAGUCUUCUCUUUGGUCCCGUUUCCUUUAAGCCACCCACUGUGGUGGAAGUGGAUCGAUUUCCUUCUGGCUCUAGAACACUA